AUGGGUUCCAAGAAGGGAAUUCGAAAAUCACCAAGAGGCAAAAAAUUAAAGAGAAAAGCUGAUCUGGAGACUUCUCAACCUGAGACUGAUGAAGUGCUUGAAGAAAAAGAAGAAUUUGUAUCAGCCAACACUAUCACGAGCACCGAAUCAGUCAAAACCAGAGGGAAGCGUAAUGUGGUAGCACUGUACAAGGUCUUGGUCAAGAAAGCUUUGGGAAAAAAGUUUAAAGUAUCAUACACCGAGACGGGCAAUCCAAAUGGAAGAAUCAGACACACUCUGCAGUCUUACAUAGGAAUGUUGGCGCGGACCAAGGUGCCCAUCAAUAUUGUAAGCUGGCCCGAAGUGGAUGGUGACUUGAAGGAUAAACUUUGGCUCGAUGUUCAGGAAACAUUCAAGGUAGCCCCUGAAAGCAAGAAACUGGUAUUGACAUCUGCUGGCACUAAAUGGAGAGCAUUCAAGACCAUGUUAACACGAAAAUAUGUGCUCCCAUACUUGGGAAAGAAGAAGAAGUUGAGAAAGCCACCGAGUCAAUAUAAUUUUGUUGGGAGGGAGCCAUGGAAGGAUUUUGUAAAAGAGAGGACUACCGAAAAAUUUCUGCAACUUCAUAAUGAACAAAGUGAACGAGUUAAGAAGAGAAAAUAUCAUCAUCGAUUAUCAAGAAAAGGAUAUAUUGGACUAGAGGAGGAGCUGAGAAAGACGUUGCCCGAAGGAGAGGUCAUUGAUCGUGCAAUUAUGUGGAAGAAAGCCCGUCAACGAAAAGAUGGGGACAUAGAUGAGGAGGCUAGAGGUGUGGCCACAAAGAUAGUAAGUAUUUUCCUCCAUGAUUUUUUUAACAUAGCUGCUGAUUAUUAG